GCAACUCCUCGCAGGCAUUGCAUCCGAAGUUCAGCACACAGGAGUGCUGCCUGCUAAUCUUUCACAAUGAAGUCAAAGCAGUGAAAUCUGAGAGGGUCACAGAACAAAAACAAGGAACCUGUCGCCCCUCAACAAUGUAAAUACGGAGACAUGAACCUUCUCUGAAACGCUUGAGAAACGAAGAAUGGGAAGUACCGGACGCUCGCAUUCCUUGGAGAUCAUAUUGGUACUGGUUCUCUGCGCAACGGGCGCCAACGGUCGAGGUGCCGUUGGUGAUGCUGUAGCUGAUUCCCUGUCAUCGGUGGGUGGAACAUUACCUCACUUCCUGCAGGAACCAGAGGACGCUUACAUAAUCAAAAAUAACCCCAUCAAGUUGCGUUGUCGUGCGACUCCGGCCUUGCAGAUCUUCUUUAAAUGCAAUGGAGAAUGGGUUCAUCAAAACCAGCAUACCUCACAAGAGUACAUGGACCAAAACACUGGGUUGAAAAUACGCGACGUGACGAUCAAUGUUACCAGGCAGCAGGUGGAGGACUUUCAUGGCCCGGAGGACUACUGGUGCUUGUGUGUAGCCUGGAGUCACCUGGGAACCUCCAAGAGCCGUAAGGCUACAGUGAGGAUUGCUUACCUCCGCAAGAACUUUGAGCAGGAUCCUCAGGGGAAGGAAGUGCCACUCAAGGGCAUGAUUGUGCUGCAUUGCCGUCCCCCAGAGGGAGUGCCCAUGGCAGAGGUGGAAUGGUUGAAAAACGAGGAACUGGUUAGCUCUCUUAAAGACGAUAACAUUGACACACGUGCUGAUCACAAUCUGAUCAUCAAUGAAGCCAGACUCUCUGACUCUGCCAACUACACCUGUCUCGCCAGCAACAUAGUUGCAAAAAGACGCAGCGCUACAGCUACUGUAGUUGUUUUUGUUAAUGGUGGUUGGUCUUUGUGGACUGAAUGGUCUCCGUGCAGUGUGAACUGUGGAAGAGGAGUUCAAAAACGUUCUCGCACCUGUACUAACCCCGCCCCUCUGAAUGGAGGAGCGUUCUGUGAGGGCAUGUCUGUGCAGAAGAUCACCUGCAAUGCCGUCUGCCCAGUAGAUGGAGUCUGGGAGGAAUGGGCAGAGUGGACGAUGUGUAGCGCCCAGUGUGAGAGGCAGCGAUGGAGGGAGUGCAAUGCCCCACCACCCCGGCACAGAGGCAAGAUGUGCGAGGGAGACGCUCAUAGCACGGAGAACUGCACAGGCGGGCUAUGUUCACAAAACGGGAAGCUGAUGCAUGACCUAAAGCCCCAGAGUAUGGAGAGCUCUAUCGAUGUUGCGCUGUACUCUGGGCUGUCUGCGGGGGUGAUUGCUGUGGUUGUUCUCAUCGUGGCCAUCACCCUCUACAGGAAGAGUCAGAGUGAGUAUGGAGUGGACGUCAUUGACUCAUCUGCUCUUGCUGGGGGCUUCCAGUCCUUUAACUUCAAAACCACCAGACAAGGCAAUCCACUCCUGCUGAAUUCUUCCAUGCAGCCCGAUAUAACAGUGGGCCAGACAUACAGCAGUCCGAUCUGUUUCCACGACUCCAUAGACAAAGAACUCUUUGACCCCCUGCCCGAAAAGCUCAAAGUUCAGAGCUCCUUUAUGGUUUCACUAGGUGUGGCCGACCGGGCGGAAUACCACGUCAAAGCUCAUCCCGAGAGCAUUCCCGAUACCCUUCAUCCAAACUACUCCACAGUAGAUGGAAAGAAGAGCAUAGUCACCGGUAAUGGACCUCACAAUCCUGGAAAAACACAUGUGAAGACGAGUGCAGUAUUUGGCCAUCUGGGUGGGCGAUUGGUCAUUCCAAAUGCAGGAGUGAGUUUGCUGGUGCCUCACGGUGCGACCGCAGAGGACACGUCUUGGGAAAUGUACAUGCUCAUAAAUCAAGGAGAGUCCAGUGCCCAGUCAGAGGAAAAGUGUGAGAUUCUUUUGGGGCCAGAGAUCACGUAUGGUCCUCCAGGGCUGAACCUCUCCUAUCCUGUUGCCAUGACGAUAGCUCAUUGUGCUGAGGUCAGCACUGAAAACUGGAACAUUAAACUCAAGAGACAAACCAAGGACAACAAGUGGGAGGAAAUGAUGUCAGUAGAUGACGAAUCGACCUCCUGUUAUUGCCUGAUGGAUUCACAUAGCUGUCACUUAUUGCUGGAUCAGCCGGGCUGCUAUGCGCUGGUGGGUGAACCUGUUACUGAUUCAGCUGUAAAAAGACUGAGGAUUGCGGUUUUCGGGAGUAUGGAGGCCUCCUCUAUGGACUACAGUCUGCGAGUGCACUGUGUAGAUGACACGCCACAUGCCUUUCAGGGAGUGGUCACUGCUGAAACCAGCAGAGGAGGUCGACUUCUAGAAGAGCCCAAGACUUUAUUCUUCAAAGGAAACUGCCUCAGUUUGCAGGUGUCCAUCCAGGAUAUCCCUCAGUUUCUGUGGAGCAUCAAACCUUUUACCACCUGUCAGGAGUUCUCCUUUAGCCAGGUGUGGUAUAGCAACCAGCAGCCUGUGCACUGUGCCUUCACACUGCAGAGACAUAACGCCGCAACCACUCAGCUCUCCUGCAAGAUCAGCGUGCGGCAGGUCAAGGGUCACGAACAGAUCCUGCAGGUGUACACUUCAUUGGCAGAGAGUGAAAAAGAGACCGUGCCAUUUUUUAUGCAGGCAGAUUGCACAGUCACCUCACAGGCAGGGGCCAAAGCCUUCAAAAUCCCCCUGUCCAUUCGUCAGCGGAUAUGCACCACCUUCGAUACUGCCAACGCCAAGGGCAAGGACUGGCAGCUCUUAGCUCAGAAACUCCACAUUCAAAGGAACCUGUCCUACUUUACCAAGCAGCAAAGUCCAUCUGCUGUCAUUCUCAGUCUCUGGGAAGCCAGACAUCAGGACAGUGGAGAUCUUGACUCACUUGCCAGUGCUUUGGAAGAGAUUGGAAAGAUCCACUGUAAAAAUCUGCCUCAGAGUCCAACUGAAAAAGACCCAGUCUUUAGCUUUUGAGGAAGGCCAAACCAGCCACUAAACAGCUGGAAAAUAAAUGUAUUCCCCCAGGCACCAUCUUCUAAGACUCACCUGAAAUAUCCAGUCUGAAUGGUUGGGAUAAGAUGUGACCAAUCCGACAGUUUCACAGAUCUGUACUUUUGCAAAGGAACUAUGACAAAUUGGCAGGAACUUGUCAUUCAGAUUCAAUUCAACAACUUCGAAACACUUUUCUUUAAGCAAGCAUCAGAUUGCUGUGCCAAGCCAUCACAUCCUACAUGAAAUUUUAUUUGCUCUUCUUGGUGUUCAUAAUUUUAAUUAUUCUGUGAAAUGUGAUUGGUGGCCAAGCUGGGAUACAUAUUUCAUCUUUACCUAUUUUUUAACAGUCUUGUUUUACAGCAGUAUAUAUUUAUAUCCCUUCUGCAUGUCAUUACCGAAUUAUGCUUUGUUUGCACUAUUAUGGUGUUUGGAGAAGGGAGGAGGAGGAAAUCUGCUUCUGCAAACUGCCUUUAUUGGUCAUCACACAAUGUGAUUGUGAGUCACUGUGUUCCUUUAUUUCCAUUAUGCCCAAUUGAGUGAUUUUUAAAGGCAUAAUGUACCCUUUAAAGGAAAACGCCACAGUUUUUCAAUAUUUUACAAUGUUCUUACAUCAACUUAGAUGAAUUAAUACAUACCUAUCUAUUUUAAAUGCGUGCACUUCAUCUUUGUACAGCGCAUCGUGAAUGUGUUAGCAUUUAGCCUAGCCCCAUUCAUUUCUUAGGAUCCAAACAGGGAUGAAUUUAGAAGCCACCAAACACUUCCAUGUUUUCCCUAUUUAGGACUGUUACAUGAGUAGUUACACAAGUAAGUAUGGUGGCACAAAAUAAAACGAUGUUACUGCACGCCAAGGUUGAAGUGUUAAAAAUUAAGUUGCUCUUCCGCUAUACAAUAUAGUUCUCAUUUUUUAUCCGCUUACAAAAAAAUCGCCAAAUUUUUUUGGCCACCAUACUUAACUAUUCAUGUAACAGUCUUUAAAUAGGGAAAACAUGGAAGUGUUUGGUGGCUUCUAAAUUCAUCCCUGUUUGGAUCCUAAAGAAUGAAUGGGGCUAGGCUAAAUGCUAACACAUUCACAACGCGACGUACAAAGAUUAAGUGCACGCAUUAAAAAAAAAAAAAAUAGGGGUAUGUAUUAAUUCAUCUAAGUUGAGGUAAGAACAUAGUAAAAUAUUGAAAAACGGUGGUGUUUUCCUUUAAAUCAUAUGUGACCCUGCCUAUGAAAACCCAACUAAAGUUAUUUGAAUGUGAUUUCAUAAAAUCAUCCUACAUAAUGUAAAGAACAUUCUGUGAUAAUAUAACAUUGAUGUCUUUAAUAUUGACCAAGUCAGGUCAUGUCAAAGAGUUCAAAUUAUAGUGAAAUAAAUGAUUGAAAUCAAACUUUGAUGCGCUUAUCUCAGAAUUGAUUAUGAUAUUGAAGCCUGGUUUUCAAAGACAGGGUCACCAAUAUGGUAAUGAUAAGACUUUAAACUUGUUUUCAUCUAUCUGACAAUGUAAUAAAGCGAUUAAAACUCGAUUAAAAGGGAGAGUCCGGUAGGUCAGAAAAGUAAAAAAGAAAAUGGGGUUGGGCAGGUUAAAGAGAUAGUGAUCAACGUCUAUGAGUUAUUAAGGCCAAAGAGAAGGACAGUGCCAUGCCUUUAUAGAGGGAGUUGAGACAAACAUUGACCUCAAGAUGCAUUUACUUAACCCAUCGCAGAUGACAGCACAUCCUUUUGUUAACGCUUAUGGCUUUUUUAAAUGCAACUGAAAUGGAAAUCCCCCGAGAGGCUUCUGCAGAAUGAAGCCCCUCUUAUCUCCUCAGACCAAAUUUUACCAUUCAGUGUGAGACACAAUAGAGUAACACACGGUCCAGCAAACAGCGAGAGUUAUAAUUACGGCCUGAUAAAAGAAAAAGAGCUGUGGGGAAAAUGCUGUCAAAAGUGUUAGAAAAAAGUCAAGUCGUCCUUUUCCGAGAAAUCUGCUUUUUUGCCCCCUUCAAAAGAGAAGAUGCUGCCAAGAAGCUCAUUUUUGGUUGGUUUUGAGUGUUGUAGUCAAUACAACAUUCCCUGCUGGUUAAAUAAAUAGUUCACCCAUAUAUGAAAAUUAUCCCUUAAUUUAUUCACCAUCAUGCCAACCCAGAUGUAUAUGACCACCUUUCUUCAGCUUAUAUUAAAAUGUCGUCCAUACGGGACUAAGAAUGUCAUAUAGGUUUUAUGCAUUUCAACUGAUUUGCAAAUUUAAAAAAAAAUUGUGAGGAACUGGACUGAGACCAACAACUUUUUGUGUAAUUGCUGUUGUUCAUAUAAGAGCUAUUACACAGUUGUUUUACAUACUAUAAUGAGACAAGUGUCACUACAUAAUAGCCCAAAGAAAUUCUUUAUGUUCAGACCUUCUGUCUGAUUUUUAAUUUGUUAAAUUAUGAAAUAUUAUCAGUAAAGCUGUCAUGCCCCCUCUAAAAUUUAACACAUGUCGUAUUUGUGUUUAUGGUGGUACUACUGAUUCCCAGAUUAUUGAAUCUCAUGCAAAGCUUUCAGGCGGUAAAGGUAACAAAAUCGGUCCCAGGUUCAUGUUACAUUAGUUAGUUUGCUCCAUAUUAUGAUUCUUGUGCCUUGUAUAACUGGUGAAUGUUGUACAGGUUAAGAUGGUUUUGAAUCACGGAAAUGUACUGUAAGAUAUCAAUUUAAAGAAGAAGAAACAAUAUAUAUUACACUGAUAUGCAGGGGUCAAGAGCUUUUCUAGUGCUAAAUAUACUUGUUUGGUAUCGCCAGGCCAGCUUUGUGGUAUAUUGUAUCUAUGAUUAUGAACAUUUUGGAUGUUUUCUGUACAGUAGAGUUUGCUGAUGUAUAUGCAGUCUUUUGGAAAUAAAUGUCCAGCUGAAAAGAGCUGCAACUCUA